AUGGAUCCGCAGGAAUUUCGAGUCAGGCGGCUCAAACCGCAAGCAUUGGGACCACGCCCACGCACGGCGGACCGCAUCCCGCGCAGUAAACUGGUGGUAGUUUCUUCGCUCGCCGCCAGCAGCGCGGCUGCGCCUGACCCAGCCGUGGUGACCUCUAGCGACGAGCCCUUCUCCUUCCUGGCGUCGACGCUGGCCAAGGAGUUGGGGCGGGUGGAGGCUGAGGCGGAGGUGGAAGAGGGGAAGAUGGAGCGGGAGGGGGACGGCCAGGAGGCGGAGGAGGUGACGGCGGAGGCGGCGCUGCUGGGCCGUCGCAACAGCGAGCGCGCGCUGCGCAUCAUCCAGGAGAACACGGAGAUCCUGCAGCGGAUGCUCACCCAGGCGCGCCGCCCCAGCGCCCUCGCCGACCAGGUGAGCUGCGCGCGUGGCUCAGGGCGUCAACUGACG